CCGAAACUAAGCUUCAAUCGAUUGAAGAGCGCACAAAAUUUCUAUGUAAAUGUUAUUUAGUAAAAAUUCUCUCGAACAAAGAUUUAGCUAUCUAUAACACUGUUUGCCAAACUUACACUUUUUCAAAUCGCAAUAAGAAGUUGAGAAAAUUGAGGAUGUUACACUUAUGUAUAAAUGAAAUUUUUCAACUGGAAUUUUUCUCUGAACGCAACUUUAAUAUUUACAUGUUCGAUUAUCAAACGAUUAUUGCAAGCGUUGAUGUAAACGUUGAAUUUGGCUUAAACCUAAAAAAUGAUCCGAAUCCCAACGUUAAAAUACUUGAAUUAUUAUGUAACACCAACGCUCAAGCUCUGUAUACUGAUGGAAGCAAAAUUGCAAACUCUCUUGUUGGUUCUGCAUGUAUAUUUCCUCAAGCCAACUUACAGAUCGGUAAAACUUUAAACGCUAACGCUUCAGUAUACACCGCAGAAUGCGUUGCCCUACUAGAUGCCAUCAAGUAUGUAAAAGACAGUGAAUAUGAAAACUUCAUUAUAAUGUCAGAUUCUCUUAGCGCUUUACAAAACUUGAUUAAUUCACAAUUUUGUAUCAGGAAAAAUUAUUACAUUCUUAAAACUAAAGAAAUCUAUAAUAACAUUUCAUUAACUUCUCCAAACAAAUCUGUUAAAUUCUAUUGGGUUCCGUCCCAUUUUGGAAUCGAAGGUAACGAGGCUGCCGACGUUCUUGCAAAAAGUUUUACCAACAAAAUUAAUGUCGAUGAAUGCAACAUCCCGUAUACUGAUUUCUUUGAAGUAUUUAAAAAAGAAUCUGUUCUAAAUACUCUUUCUAAAGCUGUGGAGGAAAGUAACACUAAAGGAAACAUUUAUUUUGAUUAUUACUAUUUCACUUCAACUAAACCUUGGUUUGCCAAUAAAACUUAUUCACGAAAUUAUAUCACUUCCAUAAAUAGGUGUCGAUCCAACCACUACAGUCUAGCAGCCUCGUUAGCUAGAAUUCAGAUAUUAGAUAGCCCUAUAUGUGAAUGUAAAGAAGGUAUUGAAGAUCUAAACCAUAUUAUUUGGCAAUGCUCAUUAUUCGAUAAUGAAAGAAAUUUGCUUCUCAAAAAAUUGUUCAAAUUAAAACUUCAACUGCCCUUAAGAAUCGAAAACAUCAUCGAUAAACCUAACUCCUUCGCUUGUAAAUUCGUUGCGAAAUUUUUGUUAGCUUGUAAAAAAUCUGUAUAG